GGGGGGACAGAGUGACUUUAGCAGUGUUCUCUUAUCUAAUCAGUCAGGGUAAGAGGAUACUAAACUAUGGAGGUUAUUAAGGAUAGAAUAACAUUUGAUUUCUAGAGGAAUUUGACUUGCAGAGGUUUAGGAGACCGCAUAUUUGGAAUAAUUCUUCAUCCCACGUUUUUUUGCUUUAUCCACCAUCGAAAAUGCCUGGUUUGGGGGUUUGGAUUUACAACAUUUGGAUUUUACUUUUUGCCAUUUUUGACUUGGCUCUCUCAAAUUAUUCAGAGGACCAGUGCAGCUGGAGAGGCAGUGGUUUGUCCCAGCAGCAGGGCAGUGUGGAGCAAAUCUCCCUCCACUGCUCUGAGGGCACCCUGGACUGGCUGUAUCCCAAAGGGGCCCUGCGCCUCACCCUCUCACCCCGCCUGCCCUCUGCGGCGGUGGGGCCGGGCGGCAGCAGCUCGGGCCUCAUCACGGCCUGCGUCAAGCCUUCGGAGCAGUUCCACGGAGCCCAGCUCUACCUGGAGAGAGACGGCGUCCUGGAGCUCCUGGUGGGGGACCGUCUAGAGUCCUCCCCACCACCGAGGGUCCGCUGCUUCAGCCGGCUCCCCGGGGAGAGGGUGGCCCUGUUCCUGCAGGCCACGCCCCACCAGGACAUCAGCCGCCGCAUCGCCUCCUUUCGCUAUGAGCUGAGAGGGGAUUGGACCGCCCGGCUGUCACUCGACUCCAGCCCGAUCAGCAGUGAAGAUGCCUGCAGACCCUGCAACAACACAGAGAUUCUAAUGGCCGUCUGCACCAGCGAUUUCGUUGUGCGUGGUAACAUUCGGUCAGUGGAGGAAGACGAGAACCUUCGAGCAGCAGUGAUCAAGGUCAGCGCCACCCGGGUGUUUCGCCAGAAGUACGCUCUGUUCACUGGAAACAGCCGCCUGACCAGCCAGGGUGAGAUCAGGACGCUGCUGCAAUGUGGCGUCAAACCAGGGCCGGGCAGCUUCCUCUUCACUGGCCGGGUGCACUUCGGGGAGGCCUGGUUGGGCUGUGCCCCCCGAUACAAGGACUUCCAGCGGGCCUACAACAUGGCCAAAGAGGCCCAACAGAUACCCUGCGAACUGGCUGUAGACUGAGCUGAAAAACCUUCCAGCAGCUUCCAACAGUACUGAAUCGAGGCUGACAGCCAAGCCAAGCUCAGCCCUGUUCCAUACCCGUCCUGGGCCCCCAAAUGUCCCAGAGAAGGGUUUAGGAAGAAGCCAUGGUGUGCGAGUGCUGGCCAAUGUAGCUAUGGUGGUGCCAAUUGAUACAGUCUUCCCAAAGGACUGAGGGGUCCACAUGGACUUUUUUGCAACACCAUUCCCAGUGCAAUAUGCAGUCACCAGGUCGGAAAGACCCGAUGGAGAUGUCACAUGAGGGACGCAGCUGAAGAGGAGAUUAUAAGCAUUUGGCAUUGGACAGGGUUUUUAUUUCCACACUGAUGCCAUUUUGCUGGUUCAGAACAAUUUUCUUUAAAAGCUUUCAAUUCGAGGCAAAUUAAUUCAAGCCAUUAAUUCAGGGCUAUUGGGUGUCAUUUCUGUGAAACUCAGGAAAAUGUCUGAAAAGUUCUGUUGAGAGGGUAUUGUCUCUUAGCUCAUUUCUUAGUAUUCAACCUCAAGGCAGGUGUUAUCAUGGUCCAAUGCUACAAAAUGACCACCUUUUUUCCACAGUGUUGUUUUUUAAAAUAAUGUUUGGCCUUCCUUUUUAGCAGUUAAACAGCAAGAGGGAAUUAAGUUCAGUGCCAGGUUUUGGUAAUUACAAAUUUACCAGGGCCCUUCUCAGUGUUGCUGUUUUUUAGGAGAUUAUGUAAGGUCCUUAUAAAAAGAAAUUUUGAAAUAAACUAUUUGCACUGGUAUGGGAAAGGGAAUGAUCUGGAAAGUGUGAUGCUGCAAGCACUGAAAACCAAAUGAAAAGCAUCUAUAUGUAGCAUAGAGGAGCAAAUGAGAAGUUAAUAUAUGUACAGAUAGAGCACAUAGUAAUGCCAAGCUAAGGCUACACGAGCAUGUCACACAGCUCAAACUGGUGCUGAAAGCACUUUCAUAUUCUAGCCAACUCUGAGAUUUUGUUUCUAAAAGUAGACACAGGGAGACACUGCUUCUCACAACCCUGUAUAAACAAGAUUUCCAUGAUAUCUAGACCACUGGUCACAUAAAGUCACCACUGUGUAAGAUACACUAUCACACAUUUGCUUUUAUUGCAAUAGCCAUGUGGUAUUUCUGCAAAAUUUGGAUUGAUUAGACUGUCUUUGACUUUAAACAUGACUAGUUUUGAAUUUGGAUUUCCACUUGCAGCAGUUAUAAGUUGUCUGUUGUCAAGUUUUUCCAUGCUGUGUGCUGACGUUGAUGCAAAGAUUUACCAAUUGUGUUUCAAGAAGUGCAUAAAUAGAAAAUAAAAAUCAAUAAGCUAUUUCAUGUUGUGUUAUAAAACAAGAUUAUAUUUCACAUGUAAAUAAUCAGUCACGUUAAUAAAACUGUUGACAACAGCCAUUCUUAACAGAAGUCCAGAGGUAUUAUGCUGUGUGCUGUAAAGGUGGUAUUGAAGUUGGAGGAACAUAGGGCAAGAAGUCCGAUUUCUGAAACGUAUUAAUUACUAUGGCUGCAGUCAGGCCUAUGUUCAUUGUUACAAGAAAAUCCUGAAGCCAGCUUUUGAAAGAACAAGUGCUCACACUGGACAAGGCUAGCUCACGAGAAACACAACAUAUGCAUUUAGUGUAGAAAUUCUGUUUUUCAUAUCUGAUGUGCACUAUAUCAACAAGUGGAGGGGUUCAUACCAAAUUACAAUGAUGUGCUGGAGCGGUAUGUUUCAAGUGCUGUACACUGCCAUGUUGCUGUUUGUCUUGUUUUUAUGUGAAUUUAUGUCAAUACCAAUGUGAAUGUAAAUAUGUAAAUAAGAAAUUUUAGAAACAACACCUUCAAAAAA